AUUUCAGUACCACAAGCGGUAACCCCCCCCGAGCUACACUCGGGCUUACCAUGCAGCGUUGCAUAGGGAUUCCCUGCAGCACUUACCUUGUCCUUCACUCCCAUGCUGUGUCCCCUGCAGUGUCCCCGGCCAUCUCCUCCGGCCGAUGCCGGCUUCCGGCUUCUGUGUUCCGGUCCCUGUGACGUCGGGAUGUACGGGCGCCGCCGGCGGCGGGAAAUUUGAAAAUUUAAAAAAAAUUUCAUUUUUUUUCAAAACGAUUUCACAUAUGCUUUGUCCGGCGCCCUGCCUGCAUUUUUACUGCCCUUUC